AGGUUGAAGACAAUGAUCAAGAAAUCUGGUACAAGAGAGAAUCCAAAUAGGUUGUUCCACACUUGUGCAAGAUACCUGAAGGGAAGCCACUGCAACUUCUUUAGGUGGGUUGAUGAUGUUGGGUAUGAAGCAGGAGCAGAAACUGAUGUAGAGGUUGACAGUGAGUAUGAUGAAUGGAGAUUGAAUGUGUCAUGGAGAGUGGGUAGCUUGGAGGGUGAAGUUAGAGCAAUGAAGAUGCUAAUAAUGUACAUCUCAGUUGCAACGAUUGUGGCUACUGUCAUUUUUGCAUCACUUUUGUUCACAUGUAUCUCCAAGUAAAGCUACAGAUGGAGUGUUAUGUUGUCGUGCUUUAGGGGUGUUGUUAGAGUUUUGAAAUUGAAUUAGUUGUUAUGUAAUGAUGAUGUGACUUAUGAAUAAAUUAGGUGUUCCAGCUUGAUCGUGUUUAAGUCAACAUAAACUUGUCCUUUGAGCAUGAUGGGUUUGAUUGAAAAUACAAUAUGGUGAUGUUUGUAACCUAAAUAUAAAUUCACCAAAAAGCUGUAUACAUCACAAUAGACAUAAUCAUUGUUAUAAUCCAUAACAAACAUCAUAAUCAUAUCAUAUUGUCUUAGUAGAUAUACCACAUAGGUAAUCAAGGAUCCACAACUUAACAGAGCAAAACAAAACAAAGGUUCCAUAGCAUUGUUCACCUAAACAAAACAACAUAAUAGGCCUAACUAAAAUAUCCUGAUAACACAACCAUAUUGUUUACACAAUCUUGUUCCCAAAAAGCUAAUAACAACGACAUACAAAACACAUUUCCUAAUUAAA